AUGUGGCUGUCUGAGUCGCAGAAAAUUGGCGUCGCCUUCUGCUCAGGCGGCGCCUUCUUUCUACUUGGCGGCGUCCUCCUCUUCUUCGACCGCGCCAUGCUGGCAAUGGGCAACAUCCUCUUCCUCAUCGGCCUAACCGUCAUAAUCGGCCCGCAAAAAACCCUCCUCUUCUUUGCUCGCAAGCAAAAAGCCAAAGGCAGCGCAGCCUUCUUCGCCGGCGUGGCGCUGAUCCUGCUGCGGUGGCCUCUGAUCGGUUUCCUGGUCGAGCUGUACGGCAUUGCGGUGCUGUUUGGCGAUUUCUUGGGUACCAUUGCCGGAUUCGCAAGGAAUCUGCCUGUUAUUGGACCGUAUGUCGGGAUGGCGGUUGAUCGGACGGGGAUUGCGGCGAGGAGGAAUGCCGAGUUGCCUGUUUAG